AUGAAGCACAAAUUUAUCAUGAAAGAUCUCGGGUUAGCACAUCAAUUCCUCGGCAUUAAGAUUGACUCCACUCCAGAUAUGUAUUUUCUAUCUCAAACUACUUACGCUCAAUCAAUUCUUCAUAUAGCCGAGUUGCACAAAUGCAACUCGGUUGCUAAUCCUUCCUUUUCAAAAAUUCCAGAUCAGCACCUGGAGGAAUUACUCUGUUUUGACGACCUUCUCUACUGGAAGAUAAUCGGAUCUCUACAAUACUUGACUUUAACAAGACCAGACAUCGCUUACGCAGUGAAUGUAUUGUCUCAGCACAUGCAUAAACCGGAAGUCAUUCACACAGCUAUGCUAAAGAAACUUCUUCGAUACAUUAAAGGUACACUUGAGUUCGGUCUUCCUAUUUCCCGUUCCAGUCUUCAGCUUCGGACGUAUUCUGAUGCCGACUGGGCUUCGGAUCCAGUCACACGUAAAUCUACAACCGGCUUUUGUACAUUUCUUGGAGACACGUUAGUUUCUUGGACUAUCAAGAAACAAACCACGGUUUCUCGAUCCUCCACAGAAUCUGAAUAUCGAGCCUUAGCGUCCGCAACAGCCGACACUAUAUGGAUCAAACGCCUUCUAACGGAUUUUAGCAUCGACCACCAGCAGCCGGUUGAUGUAUUCUGUGAUAACACAUCCACCAUCGCUCUAGCGAAUAAUCCCGUAUUCCAUGCUAGAACGAAACACAUAGAAAUCGAUCAAAGAUUCGUGCGGGAGCAUAUUAUGAACAAUACAAUUCGGUUGCUACCGAUAAGCACUGUUGAUCAGCUCGCCGACAUCCUAACCAAGCCAUUAGCUACCUCUUGGUUCAAACUGUUGAGAUCCAAACUGACUAUUGGUCCCCGAUCGUCAGUUUGA